AUCACACAGAUUAGCAAGACUAUACAAGCAACAGCAGUUCUCAAUAAACAUGUUGCGUCCCGCUUGGAGCUGUCUCCUCGCGAUACUGGGAGCGUUUAUAUUUCACAUCGGGGAGGUCCACACUCGGUGCUGGGAGAGCAAUCAAUGCGCAGACCUUGAGAGCGAGGAUGGCAUUCUGGAGUGCAUUAAGUCCUGUAAAAUGGACCUCUCAGCAGAAACACCAGUGUUUCCAGGGAACGGCCAUAUGCAGCCUUUGUCUGAAAAUGUCAGAAAAUACGUCAUGAGUCAUUUCCGUUGGAAUAAAUUCGGCAGAAGAAACAACUCUGGUAGCGAUGCUAACAAGAGAAAAGAAUUUGCCAGUGAUCCCAUAUUUAACCUUUUUCCCAGCAGUGACAACCAAAACGCAGAUGAUAAUACAGAUGAAGAAUCUCUUGACCGACAAGAUAACAAGAGAUCAUAUUCCAUGGAACACUUCCGGUGGGGCAAGCCCGUUGGCAAAAAGAGGAGACCUAUCAAAGUCUUUGCUAAUGGCGUGGAGGACGAAUCAUCUGAGAAUUAUCCUAUGGAGACAAGAAGAGAACUGGCUCUUGAAUUUGACUACCCAGAGAUGGACUCUGAAGAAGACUCAGAAGACAAUGAUCUACAGUCCAUACCAUACAAAAAAAGUGGAAACUAUAAAAUGCAUCACUUCCGAUGGAGCAGCCCACCCAAAGAUAAAAGAUAUGGAGGAUUCAUGACCCCUGAACGGAGUCAGACACCUCUAAUGACUCUUUUUAAAAAUGCCAUCAUUAAAAACACGCACAAAAAGGCUCAGUAGGAAUCUGAAAGUGCAUUUUUCAUUGCAUAGCUCCCUUCAGACCCACCAGCAUGUUCCGCAGAGCUACAGUAAUUCACCCUGUAACCAAUUCUUAUAAAUCUACUUCAUAUUUAGCGGUUUAUCACACUUUCAAUUUAUGCUUUUCUCUUUUCAAAUUCUCUUUUUUUUUUUCACGUACUGUAUAAAGUACAGAGAUUCCAAGUUCUGAAGGAAAAUUCUAUGUGAUACUGUACAUAGGGAAAGAAAUAUGUGCUUCUAUCAGUGAAUAUUUAGGUUUUGUUUGCUAAAUUAUUUUCCUAUCUAAUGAAAUGUACAAUAAUGUAAAUGGUAAAAUAAACAUUUCCAAUCUUACUGGC